CGCUUUCGGCCUUCCACAAGCAACAGUUUGACCCGAGCCCAACAUGUCAGCCAAGUAUGCCCUUAUCUUCGCCAUGGCGGCACUCUGCUGCCUGGUGGCCACCACCGAGGCCGCAGCCCAGCGCAGCCGAGUGCUCAGCUCUCGGCGCGACUCCGAGCUGGUCGCCAAGGAGGAGUCCGAUCUGGCCGGCCAGGAGCAGGAGAAGGAGCAGGAGAUUGAGCGCCAGGAGCAGGAGGAAGACAGGAAUGAGUUGGAGGGACGCAGCGAGGAUGGCGCCGUGGACAACAGACAGAGCAAGGACACCACCACCAAUGACAAGGACACCAUUGUGCGGCCCAACAAGGAUGAUGCCCGUGCCCGUCGCAUCGUUCGCGCCGGUCGCCGCGGUGGUCGUCGUGGUCGUCGUUCAGGUCGCCGAGGAGGACGCCGCGGUGGACGCCGCGCAGGACGCCGCUCUGGCCGCAGGCGUGGUGGACGACGUGGAGGACGUGGUGCUCGCAGGCGCACUUCUAUCAAGAGGCGUUCAGGCAAGGGCAACAGGGGUUAA